CUCCCACGUGCUCCACCUUCUUCUUCUCCUUCUUCCCGCCGUCUUCUCUUCCCUUUCAGCAGCACAGCGUCGCCGCUGCCGUCUUUCUUCCGCUUGUACCGCCGAAACCUCCCUUCUAACAGGUGCAGAGCAUAGCAAGGAAAAAAGAUGAACAAGGACAAGAUAUUUAAGCUAGCCAAGGGUUUCAGAGGUAGGGCUAAGAAUUGCAUAAGGAUUGCCAGAGAGAGGGUGGAGAAGGCUCUUCAGUAUUCCUACAGGGACCGUCGCAAUAAGAAGCGGGACAUGCGCUCCCUUUGGAUACAACGAAUCAAUGCUGGCACGCGCCUUCAUGGGGUAAAUUACGGCAAUUUUAUGCAUGGGCUGGUGAAGGAGAACGUUCAACUAAAUAGAAAAGUAUUAUCAGAGCUGUCAAUGCACGAACCUUAUAGUUUCAAGGCUCUGGUAGACAUCUCUCGUAAUGCAUUUCCUGGAAACAAGAAUGUAGUGUUUCCCCCCAAGAAGGAUGCCGUUUCCAUGAUUGUUUAAUGGAUUGUUUAAGAGACCUCUAGAUCUCCAAUUAUAUAAAAGACUCGGGAUGUUUGUCUGGCUUAUGAUCGAUCAUUGAGAGUUGAUGCUUCUUGUUGAGCAUUAUUGUUUUCAUUUCUAUUGUUGCAUUAGUUCUCCUGAUGUUGUCAGACACUGAAUGGAUUCUCCAUUUGAAAUGUUGGAUGCUUUGGCUUUAAAUCCACAACCAGAGAUGUUAUUUUGUUGCGACAAGUUUCUGCAGGACGUUCAGUCAAAUUUUGUUAUAUGACAGUGACAGAGUUGACUUGUCACUAGUUUUUGUAGGACUUCCAGUGAAAUGUUAAUCAUUAGAAGGCAAAUCCAUUUUUAUUGGAAAGCUGAAAAUUGUGUACAGCAUAUGUAUAAUUCAAACAAUUGAAUAGUUAGAGAUAACCACAAUUCAAACCA